GCAGCGGCGGUGUCGGCGCGUCCUCCUGGGCCGCCCCCGCGGGCGUCAGAAGGAGGGCGGGGGCUCCGCGCGGUGACGGCGACGCUUGCAGGCCGGAGUGCUCCACUCGCUGCCGCCGGAGAGGCCGGUGACCUCUCGACCGCCCCGCCUCAGCGGCUUAGAUGGCUCAGGCUAAGAUCAACGCCAAAGCCAACGAGGGGCGCUUCUGCCGCUCCUCCUCCAUGGCCGACCGCUCCAGCCGCCUGCUGGAGAGCCUGGACCAGCUGGAGCUCAGGGUUGAAGCUUUGAGAGAAGCAGCAACUGCUGUUGAGCAAGAGAAAGAAAUCCUCCUGGAAAUGAUCCACAGUAUCCAAAACAGCCAGGACAUGAGGCAGAUCAGUGACGGAGAAAGAGAAGAAUUAAAUCUGACGGCAAACCGUUUGAUGGGACGAACUCUCACCGUUGAAGUUUCAGUAGAAACAAUUAGAAACCCCCAGCAGCAAGAAUCCCUAAAGCAUGCCACGAGGAUUAUUGACGAGGUAGUCAAUAAGUUUCUGGAUGAUUUGGGAAAUGCCAAGAGUCAUUUAAUGUCGCUCUACAGUGCAUGUUCGUCUGAAGUGCCACCGGGGCCAGUUGAUCAGAAGUUUCAAUCCAUAGUAAUUGGAUGUGCUCUUGAAGAUCAGAAGAAAAUUAAAAGAAGAUUAGAGACUCUGCUUAGAAAUAUUGAAAACUCUGAUAAGGCCAUCAAGCUGUUAGAGCAUUCUAAAGGAGCUGGUUCCAAAACUCUGCAACAAAAUGCUGAAAGUAAAUUUAAUUAGUGUUCAAAGCGAAGAGCACUUACAAAUAAUGAUGUAAAAAUGAUAAAAUACUAUUUUAAGUGA